GAAGAAUCUGGAGGCAACUGUUUUCAUGUCUUUCAUAUGUUUCUAUUUUUGUGGAGUUGAAAGUUUUACAUCUCAGAGACCACCAUGUCAUCAAUGUAAUCAGUAUCACUUCUGCAACUGCUCUGCUGAAAAUCUUCUGCAAGUCCCCAUUGUUCCUGCAGACGUUCUCCUCUUGGACGUGUCCUUCAAUCAGAUUGAAUUGAUUGAAGAGGAAGAUCUGAGCAUCUGCACUGAAAUGAAAACCUUAAAGCUGCAGAACAACAAUCUGAAAUGGAUCCAUGAAGAAGCGUUCAAUUCACAGCGUUACCUAGAGGUGCUUGACAUGUCCUUCAAUCGGCUCAAGCACAUUUCUCCAUCCUGGUUUUAUAAACUUAAUUCUCUGAAGUACCUGAACCUUCUGGGAAAUCUGUACACAACCAUAGGAUCUGACCCGCUAUUUCAGUUUGCUGGGAACCUACGAACAUUAAAAUUUGGCAACCCAGCACUGAAACAAGUAAGAAGCAAUGUCUUCAGUGGUCUUAGCUGUUUGGAUGAGAUGAUGUUUCUCGGAAGUAAUCUGAGUUCCUACAAGAUGGGGAGCUUCAAAAUGCCUCAACCCAUUAGAACAGUUUCACUAAGCCUUUACGAUCUGUUUCAAGAAAGCCCAAAACUUGUCUCAAAGAUCUUUCAAGAUGUUUCCCACCCAGAAACAUCACUGACUAUUAGAGAUGUGCUUCUGAACACAAAUGACUCCAUGCAACCCUUUAAAGAAGUCAAACAUCUGGGCAUCACAAGACUUACAAUACAUAAUUUCAGUACAACAGAUGAAGGAGUCACCAGUCUCUUGAAGGUUAUGGAUGGAUCCCCACUGUCCUAUCUUGGUCUUGAGGAUAUGACCCUCAGAGGCGUAGGCAGGUGGGAAAAGGCUAGAAAAACCCACUAUGAACGCCUGCAAACCAUCUUUAUACAAAAUGCUAAAAUUGAAGAGUUCUACAGCUUCAGCAGUCUGUUCCCAUUAGCAUUUCUACUAUUGAAUUUCCAGAAGCUGUCACUGAUCAACUCUACGUUUUUCGUUCUGCCCUGUGUGACAACUUUCCUCCUGAUAAAAAUCCAGUAUUUGGAUUUCAGCCAAAACCUACUGUCAGACCUGACGAUGCGGGAAACUUUAUGUUAUGGUUUAGGUAUUAUGGUCCACCUCAACACCCUCAAUGUGAGCUAUAACUCCUUAAAGUCUCUUCAGCUCAUGUCCAAACUGGUGACACGUCUGAGGAAGCUGACAUUUCUGGACAUCAGUCACAAUGACUUUAGGACAAUGCCUCAGAAGUGUGAUUGGCCUGAAAGCCUAAGGUUUCUGAACUUGUCUGCCACAAAGCUCUAUAGGGCAACACCAUGCCUACCGGUGAGCUUAACCUCGCUGGAUCUGAGUGAGAACGACCUGACAGUUUUCCACCUCAGCCUACCCAACCUUGUGGAGCUUAAUCUUUCAGGAAACAGGUUCCUGCACUUCCCUGAUGGAGGAAGGUUCCCCAGAGUCAAUGUUCUACUCGUUCAGAGGAAUACUCUGAAUGUGUUCAACAAGAGUGACCUGAUGAGCUUUAAACAUCUGCAGUAUUUAGAAGCUGGAUUGAACAACUUUGUUUGCAGCUGUGAGUUUGUGACAUUUUUUAAGGGUGAUGUCGACCACCUGGUGACGCUCAGGGACGGUCACGAUAAUUACGUAUGUGACUCUCCAUUCCCUUUAAGAGGUCAGACCGUGGACAGUGCUCAGUUAUCGGUCUUUGAGUGUCACAUGAUCCCUGCGGUCUCCAUUCUCUGCUCGAUGAUCGUCCUCACUCUAGUGCUUGUUGGUGUGACCUGUCACAAGCUCCAUGUUUUAUGGUACCUGAAAAUGACGGCUGCAUGGUUACGAGCAAAGCGAAAGCCAGCGGUGCACAGAGCGAGAGAAAAUCUUCGUUAUGACGCCUUUGUUUCGUACAGUCAGCGAGACGCAGAGUGGGUUGAAGAAAUCCUUGUUCCAAAGCUAGAAAGUGCUCAGCCUCCCUUCGCCCUCUGUCUGCAUGAGCGAGACUUCCGUCCAGGCCGUUGGAUUGUGGACAAUAUAAUCGACUCUAUUGAGAAGAGCCACCGCACUCUGUUCGUUCUGUCCCAACACUUCGUCACCAGCGAGUGGUGCCGCUACGAGCUCGACUUUUCACAUUUCCGUAUCGUCGAUGAGCACAACGACUCCGCUGUCCUGAUCCUGCUGGAGCCAAUCGCCAAACAGACCAUUCCCAAGCGCUUCUGUAAGCUACGCAAAAUAAUGAACUCCAAGACCUACCUGGAGUGGCCUCAGGAGGAAGAAAGAAGAGAGGAAUUCUGGUCUAAUCUGCAAGCUGCACUGAAAAGGGAGGAUUCCUGAACCUUCAGUGAGAGUUCAAAAAGGUUUAACUGUCCAUUUGUACAGUUAAGAUAAAAUAUGGACAACAAAUGAGGAAGGUUUUGUAGAUGUGUGAAAAUGUGGUUACAGACUUGAGAUUCUGAAGGAGAUUCACCUUCCAUCAAGACAAUGACCCUAAACAUACAGCCAAAUCUACAGUAAUAGAAUAGUUUAAAUCAAAGAAUAUUCAGGUGUUAGAAUGGCCCAGUCAAAGUCCUGACCUAAAUCCCAUUGAGCUUCUGUGACAAGACAUAAAAACUGCCAUUUACAGAUGCUCUGCAAAUAACCUGUCUAAGCUUAUCGGAUACGUAGGUUUUUGGUUCCCAAAAUUUUUUGGAGACGAAGUGUUUCUGGUUCCCAUGGGGUAACAUUUUUUGGCAGGGGUGCCAAAUUAGGCACAACACCUGUUUUUUCAUAAUUUUUCAGAGAAAACGUUUUUUCCGUUCCCAAAAUUUUUCAGAGACAAUGUUUUUCGGUUCCCAACAUUUUUUCAAAAUCUUUGAGAGACGAAGUUUUUUCGGUUCCCAACAUUUUUUCAAAAUCUUUGAGAGACGAAGUUUUUUCGGUUUCCAACAUUUUUUCAAAAUCUUUCAGAGACGAAGUUUUUUCGGUUCCCAUGGGGUAGUAUUUCUUGGCAGGGGUGUCAAAUUUGGCAUGACACCUGUUUUUUCAAUUUUUUUCAGAGACAAAGCUUUUUCUGUUCCCAAAAUCUUUCAGAGACGAAGUUUUUUCGGUUCCCAAAAUCUUUCAGAGACAAACUUUUUUUCUAUAUUUUUCGGAGACAAAGUUGUUUCAGUUGCCAACAUUUUUUGGAGAUGAAGUUUUUUCGUUUCACAAGUUUUUCUGAUUCCCACGGGGUAGCAUUUUUUGGCAGGGGUGCCAAAUUUGGCAUGACACCUGUUUUUCCAGUUCCCAAAAUUUUUGGAGAUUAAGUUUUUUCCGUUCGCAACAUUUUUUCAAAAUCUUUCAGAGAGGAAUUUUUUUCCGGUUCCCAUGGGGUAGUAUUUUUUGGCAGGGGUGCGAAAUUUGGCAUGACACCUGUUUUUUUCAAACAUUUUUUUCCGUUCCCAACAUUCUUUCAAAAUCUUUCGGAAACAAUGUUUUUUUCCGGUUCGCAACAUUUUUUGAAGUUGAACAUUUUUUGUUUCACAACAUUUUUUGAGAUUGACUGGCUGAGUUAUUUUUCAAAGAACAACAAGGAGAAAUCUCGGUCUCUAGAUGUGCAAAGCUGGUAGAGACAAAAGCCAAAACACUUGCAGCUGUAACUGCAGGAAAAGGUGGUUCUUGUUUGUACUGAUAUAGGGGGGGGGGCUAAAUACUUUUCACGUCACACAUUUCAACCACCUUAAUG